AUGGCGGAAAUUCGUCGUAAGCUCGUCAUCGUCGGCGACGGUGCCUGCGGUAAGACCUGCUUGCUCAUUGUCUUCUCCAAGGGUACCUUCCCUGAGGUCUACGUCCCCACCGUCUUCGAGAACUACGUCGCCGAUGUCGAGGUCGACGGCAAGCACGUCGAGCUCGCCCUUUGGGAUACCGCUGGUCAGGAGGAUUACGACCGUCUCCGCCCGCUGUCCUACCCCGACUCCCACGUUAUCCUGAUCUGUUUCGCUGUCGACUCCCCGGAUUCGCUUGACAACGUCCAGGAGAAGUGGAUCUCCGAAGUUCUCCACUUCUGCCAGGGUCUGCCCAUCAUCCUCGUUGGCUGCAAGAAGGAUCUCCGUCACGACCCCAAGACCAUCGAGGAGCUCCACAAGACGUCGCAGAAGCCCGUCACUCCUGAGCAGGCUGAGGAUGUUCGCAAGAAGAUCGGUGCGGUCAAGUACCUCGAGUGCUCGGCUAAGACCAACGAGGGUGUCCGCGAAGUCUUCGAGCAUGCGACACGCGCCGCGCUGCUCACUCGCAAGAAGAAGGAGAAGAAGUGCGUGAUUGUGUAA